AUGCGUUUCCACUUUAUCAGUUUCUUUAUUGUAGCACUCGUUGCCUUGGUUGCCAAGGCUGCCGAACCUGGCUACACGGAUUACAUUAUGGCCUUGAAGAAGCCUGUGGAGGAUGCUGUCAUUGAACAAGCCAAGAAGGAUGUCGAGGCAGUGAACGGCAAGGUCAUUUACGAGAUCAAGAUUGGGUUCCAGGCGUUGAUCAUUUCCCUUCCCAAUGACCAGUAUACGACGUUUGAGAACAAGGACUAUGUGGAUUUUAUUGAAGAAGAUCAACAAGUUCACAUCAACGACAAUGGGCAUUAA